UUUUAUCAUUAUUCCACUGAUCGUCGAAUAUGGGCCAAAUCUCAUCCGCUCCACGGAUUCUUCAACCUUUUAUCAAAUCCGGUUAAUUUGUCCGUUUCAUUCCGAUUCAAAUCCGCUCCACUCCUCUCUCUCUCUCUCUCUCUUCUCUUUCACCCACAGAGUGUGCUAAACAUGGACGGGGGUGGUCCGUACAACCCGCGUACUGUCGAGGAAGUCUUUAGGGAUUUUAAAGGUCGGAGAGCUGGCAUGAUUAAAGCUCUCACCACUGAUGUUGAAGAGUUCUAUCAGCAGUGCGAUCCUGAGAAGGAAAACCUUUGCCUCUAUGGAUUUCCAAGUGAGCAGUGGGAAGUCAAUUUACCUGCUGAGGAAGUGCCUCCAGAACUCCCAGAGCCAGCACUGGGUAUCAACUUUGCUAGAGAUGGGAUGCAGGAAAAGGAUUGGCUAUCGUUGGUUGCUGUCCACAGUGAUGCAUGGUUACUUGCUGUGUCUUUCUAUUUUGGUGCUAGGUUUGGAUUUGAUAAGGCUGAUAGGAAACGCCUUUUUAAUAUGAUAAAUGAUCUUCCAACAAUAUUCGAGGUUGUGACAGGAACAGCUAAGAAACAAGUGAAGGAGAAGUCUUCAAACUCUAAUCAUGGCAGCAAUAAAUCUAAAUCAAACCAUAAGCGAGGUUCUGAGUCUGUAACUGCUAACAAGUUCAUAAAGUCAGCAGAGAAAGAUGAGUUUCCGGGGGGUUUGGAAAUGGAUGAGGAAGAUGAUGAGGAGCAUGGAGAAACACUAUGCGGGGCUUGCGGAGAGAACUAUGCAUCUGAUGAAUUUUGGAUUUGCUGUGACAUCUGCGAGAAGUGGUUUCAUGGCAAGUGUGUCAAGAUCACACCAGCAAGGGCUGAGCAUAUUAAGCAGUACAAAUGCCCAUCUUGCAGCAACAAGAGAUCCCGGCCUUGAUGUUUUGCUGGAAAGCUAGCCCUUUUCUGUAUUCUCUUCUAGUUGACUGCUAAUUUGUUCAGUUGGUCGGGUUUUGUUUUUAGCUUUUAUGUCUGUAGCUCUAGGAAAUUUAUCUCGAAUAUAAUGUGUAGGCUUGCAAAAUCUUCUGUUUAAUUGAUUAAUGUUAGGAUAUUUAUAAGCGGGUCAGAGACGAAUUCUUCCAUCUGUUUGCGUGCAUUUAAACUAGGUCUUUAAGGAUAAUUGUUCCCAUUUCGUAUAUAAUUUUAUACGGCGCUUCCUGUAGCA